AUGCCUGGCUGCUUUAAAAAGACUUUAUUUGCCCUGGCUUCUAUAAUAAGUUUUGCGUCUUUUAUCGUGAUUCUUGUUGCCAUGGGGACCCAAAAGUGGAUGACCGGAAAGAUCCUUUGCAAAACAGGAGUCGAUUUAGUCAAUGCCACCGAUCCAGAGCUGGUCAAGUUCAUUGGAGACAUUUACUACGGACUCUUUCAGGGCGGCAAAACCCGUCAGUGUGGGUUGGGUGGGCGCCGCUCCAAAUUCACAAUUUUCCCCCAUAUGGUAAAAAAGCUGAAUACAGGCCUGCACGUGAUCAUUAUAAUGUUCCUUUGUGCAGCCCUGUCCUUCUCUCUGGUCAGUUUUGGAUUCUGCAUCCUUAACGCAAUCAAAGUUCCCUACCGUGCUAUUAAAGGUCCAGCAGGAUUAUGUCUUUGGAAUUUCCUUGCAGGUGGACUUAUAGUACUUGCAGUUACCAGCUUUAUGGCUGCUGUAAAACUUCACCAGCUCACAGAAAGAAUUGCCAAUUUUCGGGAAAAUGUCUUUCAGUUUGUAAUUCUAGAAGAACAGUUUGAAGACUCUUUUUGGCUUUGUGUGGCAAGUGCCACAGCACAUGCAGUAAAUUUGUUGGUAAUAGCCAUAAGUGGGAUUAAUUUUCCUCAAAUUAAGACUAAAACAGAAGAAGCAAAUGUUGCACCGGAAGAUAUCAUGUACUAAUACAUAAAAAUGAUGAUGAAGCGAACUGU